AUGGAUGCCGUGAAAGAGACCCUGAAGGCGGUGCAGAGCCGAGAACAGGGAGGCGCGCCCAUCAAGGAACUCACGGAACUCUUGGAAAUCGAAUGCAAGGCACGCAAGAACGAUGUCGAUGAACUUCGUCAUCAGCUGCAGCUUACGGAGUCCUUGGUGUCAGGAGCCGCUUCAGCACCAGUGCAUCAGAGUUUGGAAGAUCUCGAUCUCCGCAUGACUCGGCUGGUCAGCGCGCUGGAGACCGAACGUGACCAUCGACGUUCGGACAGCGAACGUCACCAUGCCGCCCUGAGCGACGUCAUGGACUCUUUGAAGGCGGAGCGCAGCUUGCGGGGCAACGAGGUGGAGAAGAUGCGCUCCGCCUUGGCACAGUUGGCCAUGAACCUCCAGCAGGCAUCGGAGAGCUCUGAGCCCAGCCGUUGGGUGGACGCCUUCGCGGCGAGAUGUCGCAUAGCCGCGCAGCGGAACAUGGAAUUGAAGGGUUUUAGAGCAGAGUAUUAA